CCGAAGCGAGAAUCAUACCACUAGACCAAACGCCCUAUACGACUCAACCUCCUAAUUUCGCUACUUAACAUGUGAUUUCACAUUUGGUGUUCUUCUGUUUUCGAAUCAAUUCAUGAUACUUCCUUUUUUUUCUUAUUGAUUUUCUCUGAGAUUUUCUUUUCAGAAGAAUCCAAUCUGAGUUUCGGUAGUUAGGUCAAGGUUUUUUUGGGCAGCGAUGGCUCAUACCAGCAAUACUGCAGCUGGAGUUGAUAAUACUUUUAGAAGGAAAUUUGAUCGGGAGGAGUAUUUGGAACGAGCUCGUGAGCGUGAAAAACAGGAGGUUGAGAGGGUUAAGUCGAAAUUGAAAGGUCCACCAGUGCAAAGAAAACCAUUGAAACACAGAGAUUAUGAGGUAGACCUUGAGUCCAGAUUGGGAAAAACCCAGGUUGUCACUCCUGUUGCACCUCUAAGCCAGCAGGCUGGAUACUACUGUUCUGUUUGUGAAUGUGUCGUCAAGGAUUCUGCAAAUUACUUGGAUCACAUAAAUGGAAAGAAACAUCAGAGAGCCUUGGGUAUGUCCAUGCGGGUUGAACGAGCAUCUCUUGAACAGGUGCAGGAGCGGUUUGAAGUUCUUAAAAAGAGAAAAACGCCAGGAAGCUUCACAGAGCAAGAUCUUGAAGAGCGUAUACUAAAGCAACAACAAGAAGAAGAACAACGAAAGCGCGAGCGUCGAGAAAGGAAGAAAGAAAAGAAGAAAGAGAAGGCUGCAGAAGAGGAACCUGAAGUAGAUCCUGAUGUUGCAGCAAUGAUGGGAUUUGGAGGCUUCCGUUCAUCCAAGAAGUGAAAAUUAUAGGUUCAUCUUCUUGAACUUGAGGCCUGAGCUUCUCCCUUGUGAUCCUUAUGGAGUUCUUAAAAUUUGAAUUGAUGUGCAAGGGAAGUUCUAAACUUGUGCUUCGCGGCCUCUUGGACUAUAAGUUGUAUGUUUUGAAGAUUUUAGAUAUGAAGAAUGAAGAAUUAGAAGAGCUUAAUAUGGCCUUUUUAUGUAACAUUAAAUUCAUAUGUUACAUACAAUGUUUCUUCAUGUCUGGGGAUGAAAUUAGUUGCUGGGGUAGAUUUGAGAUGAACUUGAUCCCAAAAAUGAAAGAAAGUAUAUACAUAUUCUUGUGUUUUUUGUUUUA